UCCCGCCUCCUGCUGCCUUUACGCACCUCCGGGUAACCGAUGUUCCUUUUCCGGCACACGUAAACAUGGCGCCCCCCAUCCCGCUGUUAGCAGUGCGGGGGUCAGAUGGUACAUCUCUGCUCUGUGGGCCCCCCCAGUGUGAGCCACACUUCGCCUUUCAGAGAGACCCUCGGCCCAGCAGGUGUGUGACCUUCAGCAGAGACGGGACGUUGUUCAGCUGGUGCAACGGACAGAAGGUCUCCGUGGUGAAGCCUUCAGACGGCUCCACUGCUUCGUCCUUUGAACUUCCAAAGACAGCUCUGCUGGGCUUCUCUCCUCUUGGCAGCAUCCUGGUUACCUGGCAACCAUACAGCAAGACUGCUGACAGUUCUCAGGGAGAUGCUAACCUCCAGCUGUGGGAUGUGGCGAGCGGUCAGCUGAUCAAGGCUCUGUAUCAGAAGAAGGUCGACUCCUGGUGUCCCAGCUGGUCAGAGGAUGAGAAGAUCUGUGUGAGGAGCGUCAACAAUGAGCUCCACUUCUAUGAGAACAAUGACUUCAACGCCAUCGCCAACAAGCUCCACAUGCAGAAGGUGUCAGACUUUGAGGUGUCACCUGGAGGUCAGCCCAGCAAGGUGGCGGUCUACGUCCCAGGCAGUAAAGGCGCCCCUUCAUUUGUCCGUCUGUACCAGUACCCGGUGCUGGGUGGGCCGACCGCUGCCCUCGCCAACAAAAGCUUCUUCAAGGCAGACAGAGUAAGCAUGCAGUGGAACCGCAAAGCCACCGCCGUUUUGGUGACAGCCAGCACCGAGGUGGACAAGACAGGAGCGUCGUACUACGGUGAGCAGACGUUGCAUUACCUGGGCGUGAACGGGGAGACAGCGCUGGUUCAGCUGCCAAAGAACGGCCCAAUCUAUGAUGUGGCAUGGAGCCCAAACUCUGCUGAGUUCUGUGUGGUGUACGGCUUCAUGCCGGCAAAAGCCACCAUCUUUAACCUGAAGUGUGACCCUGUCUUUGACUUCGGGACUGGACCUCGAAACGCUGCCUACUACAGUCCUCAGGGUCACAUCCUGGUCCUCGCCGGCUUCGGUAACCUGAGGGGCCAGAUGGAGGUGUGGGACGUCAAGAAGUACAAGCAGGUGAGACGACAAGCAUACCUGAGCACACCUGAGUUCUGCUGGCCUGUGGAACCUCACUCCUGGUUCUCUACGGUGUCAAAACCUCAGGCUCCAGAUGCCACAUAUUUCUCCUGGUGUCCUGAUGGUGAGCACGUUGUCACAGCAACAUGUUCCCCCCGUCUGCGCGUCAGUAACGGCUUCAAGAUCUGGCACUACACUGGCUCGGUACUGCACCAAUGGGAUGUGGAGGCAGGCUCAGAACUGUGGGAGGUCCAAUGGCAGUCCUUCCCUGAUGGCUGCUUCCCUGAGCGGCCAAUCAAAUACCAGGCUGCGCCCAGCCAGCUGGGGACCACACAGGCUCCGCCCACACAGGCAUACCGCCCACCUGCACUCAGACACCUGCCAGCAACAGCCAGCUCCAAACUGCAUGAAGAGGAACCUCCUCAGAACAUGCGUCCAGCUGGAGAGAAGGUUCUGUCCAAAUCUGCUCUGAAGAAUCAGAAGAAACGAGAAGCUAAGAAAGCAGCAAAACAGGAGGCCAAAUCUGAGCCUGAACCUCAAUCUGACUCCGCCCCCAUCAGCAACAGCCAAUCAGAGAUGAGCAGUGGUGACCCGGAGAUGGACAAGAAGAUCAAGAACUUAAAGAAGAAACUUAAAGCCAUCGAGGAGUUAAAGGAGCAGCAGGGGGCGGGAAAAGUCCUGCAGAAGAACCAGCUGGAGAAGAUGCAGAAGGAGGAGCAGCUGCUGAAGGAGCUGUCAGAGCUACAGGUGACACAGUAGGGGGCGCUGCAGGAGCUCCAGGCCCUAAUCCUAAUCCACCACGCACACCCAAGGCUGCUACACAACCCUCUCUCAUUUAUUUGACGGCUGCCCCGAAGGACUCUGGGAGAUGUAGAAGGACAUUCAGACCAUGACAUGACGUGUAUAUACGCUAUAACCUUUGACAGUGUUCCUUUCAAAAUAAAAGCCUCCACAGCUGUAA